ACAGCAGAGAACAAAACAUGGAUACUAAAGAAGAUUUGAGAAGGAAACUCCAUCAGGCCACGAAAGAAAAACUGGAUUUAACUGCUGAACAUAACGAAGAGCUAUCAAAAUACCUAAGUCAGAUUGCCAAGUUGCGAGCUGAAGUUGAGAAAGGUGAGGCUGUUAGACAAAGUCUGGAGUAUGAGCUUGCUAUUGCAAGGAAAGAAGCUGGUCUGAAACGGUGUUCAACAGAAGACAAGUUAUGUGAAGCAAACAAACAAACUGAACAGCUUCGAGCGACAAUUUCAGCUUUUCAGCAGAAGUUGAAUGAGACCGAGAGAGCCUUUCAUAUUUCUCAGCAGCACUGGGAUGACAAACAGCAAAGACUUGUAAAUGACAUAGCUGAGAAAGACCUUAUUAUCAAGUCCUGCAAUAGUGAAUAUGAAUUACUGUUGAAGGAGAGGACUAAACUGGAAGAUAUAUUGAAGGAAAAAACCAAUGCAAUUCAGAGUGUUCACCAGAAACUGCAGGAUCUGGAACUAGAACACAGCAACUGCUCUGAAGUGAUAAGGCGGCAGAACAGCGAACUUGAAUGGAGUGCUGAACGAGAAACUCAACUUAAAAAAGAACUCAACGCAGCUACAGCAAGAGUAAAGAAACUGGAAGAAAAUGUUGAAGCAGAAAGAGCAGCACAUCUGGAAUCAAAAUUUAAUUCUGAAAUAAUUCAGUUAAGAAUUCGAGACCUGGAAGGAGCUUUGCAAGUAGAGAAGGCCAGCCAAGCAGAAGCACUUUCUGAUUUGGACAUUGUCAAAAGCAAGUUCAAAGAAGUAGAAAAUGCCUAUGAGAAGGAAAAACAAAACGCGCAAGAGAGCUAUGAAAAACUUAAUUUACUGGAAAGGGAUUACCUCUCGAUAAACAAGCAGCUAAAGGAAAAGGUAGAGGAAAAGAAUAAAGCAAUUACAGAGCUCUCACAGAGACUACAGGAUAAUGAAAAAAGUUGCAAAGAAUUACAGGAUGAGCUUCUACUGUCCAAGAAACACCAGGCCUUCCUAACAGAGACGUGCGAAAACAACACGAAAGCACUGGAGUUACUCUUGGACAGCUUUACUGUGUCAAGCCAGCGGACAGCAGGCACUCGCAAGGACAAAGAUAAACCUCUGAGUUUCACUCUUGUCCUUGAGACUUUGAGGCAUACCUUGACAGAUUACCAGAACAAGCUGGAAGAUGCAUCUAAUGAGCAAAGGAAAAUGAUGAUUUUGUCUGAGAAGAUAGCGAAAGAGUUUGAUUCUUCCAAACAGCAGCUGAGAUGUCAAAUGCAAGAACUUCAGGAGGCUGAAGAUAAACUUGCUGAAGUCAAUAAGGAGUUAAAUUAUCUGCAUGCUAAGUGUGCAGAUAGAGAUUCUCUAAUAGGUACUUUAAAAGUGGAAUUGCAGAAUGUAUUACACUGCUGGGAGAAGGAGAAAGUGCAUGCUACAGAAUCUGAAAAUGAAAUCCAGAGGCUUACACAAGCUUACCAGAAGGAUAUGGAGGAGAAGCUAACCUUCCUCCAUACUUUAUAUCAGCACUUGGUAGCAGGUUGUGUGCUUCUGAAACAACCAGAAGGCAUGCUGGAUAAAUUCUCGUGGCCAGAGCUUUGCACAGUCUUGCAGGAGAAUGUUGAUGCCGUGAUCUUAGACCUCAACAAGGCUAAUGAGAAGGUAUCUCACCUUGAAUAUGUUUGUAAGAACAAGUCAGAUACCAUGAAGGAGCUUCAGCAGACUCAAGAAGACACAUUUAACAAAGUAGCUGAACAGAUGAAAGCACAAGAAAGCUGUUGGCUGAAGCAGAAGAAAGAAUUGGAACAGCAAUAUUCUGGACUCCUUGGGGAAGUUCACGCAAGGGCACAGAAAUAUCAAGAAAUGGCAGGAAAAGCCAAUGAAAAAUUUGCUGCUGCAGAAAAAGUACAGGAGCAAUUGCUCCUUGAAAAUUCGCACCUGAAAAAUGUAUUGACAGAGACUCAAAAGAAGCAUACUGCUUUGCUUGCAGCUUGUGCCUUGUUGUCUGGUGCCUUGUAUCCUCUCUAUAGCCGGUCCUGUGCCUUAUCCACACAAAGGGACUUUCUUCAGGAUCAGUUGAACACCUGUGAAGUUUUCAAGCAUGAGAUUAGGACCUUGGCCAACGCAUUGGCUGAUAUAGAAGAAAAGAAGCACUGCGAGGACAAGGUGCAGAAGAAAAGACAUUACAGAGGUCUAUUACGUCUCUUCCGUAAAGGAGUCAUUGCAGUGCUGGCAGCCAAUAGGCUUCAGAUGUUGGGCCAGUCAUGCAGUGCCCUUUUCUCCUGGGUGGAUGGCUUUAGAGAAGGCAUAGGAAUUCUGGUCAGCAUAGGAGACUCAAAGAAUGUACAGAAUCUGUCAAGGCAAGAAAAAGAAUAUAUCUAUUCUCUUCAAGCUUUGAACUGGUUUACUAGUCCUGACCUUCUCACGUCAGUCCUGAGUUCUAUGGUAGAGCUGCAAGAAGUUCUUAACAAGACAGAUCUGAAUUCCUGGCUUUCCAGACAUUUACUUGUAAACGCAGCAAGGAAUUCUUUUUCAAAACUCAUGGACAAACUUUGCAUAAUGAUGGAAGUGACCACUCCAAACAGCAGCAGGAGCAUCACCUACAUAGAGAAAGACUCAUUAGUUCAGAGACUGGCUCGCGGGCUACAUAAAAUAAACGCACAAGCUCUCAAAGCAGGCAUAAAUGACAGAGCCCCUGUUACGAAAAGUAUAGCAUCCUUGCAGAAGCAAAUAUUUGAAUUUACACAAAGGCUGCAUACAGCAGAAGUAGAACGGCGGUCACUGCGCAUAGAGCUCACAGAAUUCAAGCGGAAUUUGAAUGAGAUGAAGAAAGAGGCUGACAAAGCCCAGGGUCUUCAAGAGCAGUUAAAUGCAUUUAAAGAAUCUAAAUUGAUCACCCAUGAGAGGUUUGAAAGUGCAUGUGAAGAGCUGAAUAAUGCAUUACUUCGGGAGCAGCAGGCACAAAUGCUUUUGAACGAGCAGGCUCAACAGCUCCAGGAGUUGCAGUAUAAACUGGAAUUGCAUUCCAGCGAAGAAGCAGACAAAAACCAAACCCUAAGUGAAGCUGUGAAGAGUCUCUCCGAGGCAAAGAUGGAGCUGAGAAGAAAAGAUCAAUCUCUGCGUCAGCUCAAUAGACAUCUUACCCAGCUGGAGCAGGACAAGCGUCGACUGGAAGAGAGCAUCCGCGAUGCAGAGAGUGCCCUCCGCAUGGCAGCAAAAGAAAAAGAAUUAAUUGCUACUCAUAUGAAAUCAGUGGAAAGCACUCUUCAGAAUGUCAGAGAUCAGAUUUCGCUGUCACGGACUGCGACAACCAAGAAUGACUUCACCCUGCAGCUACCUAAGCUGCACCUGGAGACCUUUGCAAUGGAAGGCCUGAAGGGCGGGCCUGAGGUUGUAGCAUUCCAGGUUUGA